GUAGAUUGUUCCAUUAUGGAUGGAGGGGAUGAUGGUAACCUUGUUAUCAAAAAGAGAUUUGUGUCUGAGGCAGAACUAGAUGAACGGCGCAAAAGGAGGCAAGAAGAAUGGGAGAAAGUUCGAAAACCUGAAGAUCCACAAGAAUGUCCAGAGGAGGCUUAUGACCCUCGGUCUCUAUAUGAAAGGCUGCAGGAACAGAAAGACAGGAAGCAGCAGGAGUAUGAGGAGCAGUUCAAAUUCAAAAACAUGGUAAGAGGCUUAGACGAAGAUGAGACCAACUUCCUUGAUGAGGUUUCUCGGCAGCAGGAACUAAUAGAAAAGCAACGAAGAGAAGAAGAACUGAAAGAACUGACAGAAUACAGAAUAUCCUUUGUACUUUGA